AGCUGUGUUUUCAAUAGUUAGAGUUUAUUCACAAGUACGAACUGAUGCUCUUCACUACUCUUCAGUUCAGUUUCACACAUCUUUCCGCUCACUCAGCUCACUUUUCUCAUACAUCUUUCCAUCACUUUCCCGAGAAAAAGAAGAAAAAUGUUAGCUGCUAAAACGCUAGUGAAAGUACCCCCAAAUCUCUCGUUUCUUUCAUCAUCAGAUUCAAAAUACCCCAAAUUCCCAAACUUCAAAAGCCCUAAUCUUUCUUCCCUUCGUCGAAAACCAAUCUCCGCCACUCUCUCCGUCGCCAACACAGCCACCACCCCAGGUCAGCUUCGUGUAGAUGUUCUCUCCGAGUCCCUCCCCUUCAUCCAGAAGUUUAGGGGAAAGACUAUUGUCGUCAAGUACGGCGGCGCCGCCAUGAAAUCGGAGUCGCUCCAGGCCUCGGUCGUGAACGACCUCGUUUUACUCUCCUGCGUCGGACUCCGGCCUGUCCUGGUCCACGGAGGCGGACCCGAGAUCAAUCUCUGGCUCAAACGGCUUAACAUCGAGGUUAACUUCCACGAUGGCCUCCGAGUAACCGACGACAAGACAAUGGAGAUUGUCUCUAUGGUCUUGGCCGGAAAAGUGAACAAAGGCUUAGUGUCUCUGAUCAACCAAGCUGGGGCCAAAGCCAUUGGGCUCUGUGGCACUGACGGACGGGUCGUCACGGCUAGGCCAGCUGCCAACGCUGCUAAAUUGGGGUUUGUGGGAGAGGUUGCCCGGGUUGAUCCGACCAUACUCUGGUCCAUAAUCAACGACGGCCACAUUCCCGUGAUUGCUUCAGUGGCUUCUGAUGAAUUCGGGCAGCAGUACAACAUCAAUGCUGACACGGUUGCUGGAGAAUUGGCGGCCGCAUUGGGUGCUGAGAAGCUGAUUUUGUUGACCGAUGUGGCUGGGAUUCUAGAAGACAGGGACGACCCCAGUAGCUUAGUAAAGGAGGUUGAUAUAAGAAGGGUGAAGCAGAUGAUGGAAGAGGGGAAAAUUGCAGGUGGAAUGAUUCCUAAGGUGAAUUGUUGCGUGCGUUCUUUGGCGCAAGGAGUGAGGACCGCGAGUAUCAUCGAUGGAAGAUUGCCACACUCGCUAUUGCUCGAGAUUUUGACUGAUGAAGGAGCUGGGACAAUGAUCACCGAUAAAUAAAUCCCAUGGGAAAGAGAGAUUUCUCGCCCUGCCACCAAUAAAAAAUACGCAGAGAUGAGAGCGCGAAUGGAGAUGGGAGCACUCCCCGCUCAUUACCCGUCACAUUUACACUUUGAUUAGGCUAACUUAAAAUUAUGCGAACUCUUGAAUUUUGGCUGAGUAAUGAUGUGUGCACAGCAAUUGUUUUUUGGUAUUAAAUUAUUGAGUUGGGUUGGUCCUGUGAUCCAUGGAGCCUGUAAAGUAUUUUAAGGGAAUAGAUGAGCUGAGUUGAAUUGCCAUGAAAAUUGUGUUGGUUAGUAAUUGUGAAAGUGGCUUUGAUGUAAAUGGAAGAUAAUAGUUUAUUCA